UGAAAAUACCAAAUAUAACGACAACAUUUUCUGAAUAAUCUCAUGUAGACCCAUUUCUAUGACCCACCAACCAUUCAAUUAAUUGCCUAGUAGAACAAACAAGAAAGGAGGCCACCAGAAAACCAUGGCGAUGUCUGCAUGAAAUAUGGAUCCAAUUUAUGAGGUAUUUAUGGUAACACAACAUCAACUUCGUUCAUCAAGCUCCUUCUCUACUCAAUCUCAAAACUUAAUCUUCUAGUCCUCUCUCCCUCUUUGUGUAAGUCCUCUCAGCCUUUAUCUACCAAAUUGAAACUGGUUUUCUGAAAUCUGUCAACAAGUUGUGAUCAAGGUGAAGUUCAGCAUCCUUUUGAUGCUAUGUCUGAAAUUUGAGUAGACUAAGCUUCUGAUUUGUUCGGUUGAAGUUCUAAAGGGUGAUGAUGAAAAAGUUAGCAUGCUUCAAACUAGAAUCAGGAUUGGUCAUGUCACAGAUUUGGUUCUGUUGCUGUUAUCACUGUUACUGUACUACUGGUAAGUGAAGUAACUAGAGCUUGAGAUUUGAACUGCCUUUACUGGGGAAGAAGCUGAGCUGAGUGUGAAAAAAGAAAGGGUUUUUGGAAUUUGGAGGAAUGGGUUCUUCUUGCUUUUUCAUAAUAUGUGUUCUGCAUUCUGCAAUAGCUUUGACUUGUGGAGUCCUAAUGGUGUUUUAUUCGAAAGAGAUAUGUGUGCUGGGGCAUGGACCAAAGACAGCAAGCAAGCUUCAAGGGUCAACACCUCAUGAUCAGUUACUGAUUCAAACCUCAGAUUCCUUCUCUGGCUUGUUGUUGUUCACAAUUGGAUUCCUUGUGUUCAUGGUUGCUUGUGUUAAGGACUGGGAGUUCCAAAGUUUCUUUGCCAAAGGGUGUGUCUUUCUUCACAUAUCUAUGGCAGUUUGGAGAUUCUACUUUGGAAGGAAGCUUGAAGAUCUUGCCCAUGACUGGCCUAGACAUGCUGUUGGGGACAUUGCGUUGGCCACUUCCUGGCUCUUCUUUCUUGUCUACUUGUGGAGAGAGAAGUAUGAUUAGUGUUUUGCUAUAUUGUAUAGUGUAGCAUCCAUGGAAAACCUUAGGCCUUUGUGUUGUUGUACUUGUUUCUUGGAUUCACUUGUGUGAAAGUCUGUGUUUUCAAUGUAAAUUUAUCCAUAUUUACAAAAGCAUAGAUGAUGACAGUUAUGAAUGUAAACAUGUAAAUGGGAUUAAUUAAUCAGUCUCCUUGAUUCCUGGUUGAA